AUGUCUCUCAACACGACAAGUGUACCCAGUGCAUCGCCCUCGGUGUCGCCAAUCACCCAGGGAUCGGUUGCCGGGAAUAUCCUGGUUAUUGCGAGAGACUCGGCAGCUGCUGGUGUGGCCUCGUCAGGAUUCAAUGCUUAUGGUAUACCAUUUACCACUCUUCUGGUUCCCAAGGAGGGUACCACCCUACCAUCGCUGAACAGUAGCUCCGGAGGAAACUUCGGAGGUAUUCUCGUUGCAAGCGGGGUCAGCUAUGACUAUGGCGGCACGACAAAUUUUCAGAGUGCUUUGACUGCGGAUCAGUGGAAUCAACUGUACGCCUAUCAACUCGAAUAUGGAGUGAGGAUGGUGCAGUACGAUGUUUUCCCAGGACCGGCCUACGGUGCUGCAGACGCAAGUGGUGGUGGUGGGUGCUGUGGAUCUGGUGUCGAGCAGCUGGUUUCCUUCUCCAACGUGGACGACUUCCCUACAGCUGGGUUGAAAACCAAUGCCGGGGUCAGUACCCAGGGUCUCUGGCAUUACCCGGCCACUAUCAGCAACACCAGCUCGACCAAGCAGAUUGCCAAGUUCGCUGCCGCCCCUGGGUAUUCCGGAGAAACGACCGCGGCUGUUAUCAACAACUUCGAUGGAAGAGAGCAGAUGGUCUUCUUCAUCUCCUUCGACACGACCUGGAGCGCAACCUCCAACUAUCUGCAGCACGCGUGGAUUUCCUGGCUUACCCGCGGUCUCUACACUGGACACCGCCGGGUGAACUUGAACACUCAGAUUGAUGAUGUUUUCUUAGAAACAGAGAUCUACAAGCCGGCUGGACGGAACUUCCGGAUCAGCACCUCUGAUAUGGAUGGGAUCUCCCGCUGGGUUCCCACGAUCAAUGCGAAGAUGAAUGAGGGCAGCAACUACUACGUUGAGCUUGGGCUCAAUGGCAAUGGUAAUAUCGAAGCGGCUACUUCCAAGCCGAACGGCGAGUCUCUGUGCAACGGAGGCGGUAUUGAGUAUGACUCUCCCCCCGACACCGAAUUGGAGUUCAAAAAGCCCCUGGGAACCGGAACCAAUCUCUGGUCCUCGACCCAGACCUCCUACGGCUGGACUACUGAAUGCACUCGGUUGGACGAUCUUUUGAACUGGAUGACCACUCCGGCGAACCAGGACAAGUACGGGUUCCUUUCUCACACUUUCACUCAUUUGGAACAGAACAACGCCACCUACUCCGAUGUGAGCAAAGAGAUUGCCUACAACCAGGCUUGGCUCAAGCAGAAUGGUAUCAGCUCGGCUAAGCAUUACACUGCCAACGGCAUCAUCCCCCCUGCCAUCACGGGACUUCACAAUGGUGAUGCUCUUAGGGCUUGGUGGGACAACGGCAUUCGCAAUUGUGUUGGCGAUAACACGCGGCCCGUCCUUAUGAACCAGGAAAACGUCAUGUGGCCCUACUUUACCAAUGUCGCAUCCGAUGGGUUUGAUGGUAUGCAGGUGAACCCUCGGUGGUCCACCCGCAUCUACUAUAACUGCGAUACCCCUGACUGCACAGUUCAGGAGUGGAUUGACACCACUUCCAGCCGCGGCAACUUCGAGGAUCUGCUUGCUGUGGAGAAGUCGGAGACCAUCCGUCACCUCUUAGGUCUGCGCCGUGAUUCCUACAUGUUCCAUCAGGCCAACCUGCGCAAUUCGGACACCCCUCCGAUCACGAUCAAUGGAGUCUCCGCGCAGUAUUCUAUUUUCCAAGCGUGGGUUGAGACCCAGGUGCAGGAAUUUGUGCGAUUAGUGAAGUGGCCCAUUGUCACCAUCGACCACCAGGAGAUGUCUGACAACUUCCUGUCUCGUUACACGCGUGACCGCUGCAACUACUCUCUUCAAUAUGCAAUUGCGAAUCACCAGAUCGGUGGAGUGACGGUGUCUGCCAAGGACAACACCUGCAGCGUACCUAUUCCUGUCACCUUCCCUGUUGCGCCCACCAACACACAGGGCUUCGCCACCGAGCAACUCGGCAGCGAUCCUCUUACGGUGUGGGUGAAGCUCUCCGGUUCUCCGGUGACAUUUACACUUUCUAAACCUAUUCCAUUGUAG